GGAAGCUUGAGGUUAGUUACGUCAUACAUUACUUCUGACGUCGUUACCAUAGCGUUAUUUGUCGUCAAACUAAAAUGGCUUCUAGUCGACAUUUUUGAAGACCGUCAAGAAAAACUCAAAGUUUCUUCAAGUUUUAAGCUAAAUGGUAAAAUAAAACGUUUACCUUUCGUGUCUCCGCUUGUUGCCACUGAUGUCCUUGACACCGAUACACGAGUCUGAGGAAGAGGGUCAGAAUCUCUCUGUAAAUACAGAUUCUUGUAUUGAAGAACAUAACAACUCAUCCGUGAUUCCCAAGCAUGUCUCUGAAUCAGUAUGCGGUUCGGUUAGUGCAGACAAAGAAUCGUCCAGCAAGGAGAAAAAAGUGGUCAUUGAGUCGUGUUCCGGCCGUAAAAUCGAAGAUGUAGAGGUCCUGAAACAGAAAUAUAUCAACAGCCAGAUACAGGACUUGCCCAGAGUUAUUCGCGGACCAUUCGGCCAGGAUCGCAUUUGGCGGACCAGAAGACGCAGUCUGAAUCUUGGUUCCCAGGAUAUAAGAAACCAGCUGAGCAAAAUAAGUCUGAAAAUGGACGGAGACAUGAAGCUGGAUUAUAGAUGUAAAAAGUAUACAGAUCCGAGCGAUAAAGCUUUAGGGAUAAAGAAAUCAGUUGAGGAAAUUCUAUAUGGAAACUCCUACAAUCCAGAUGACUAUGAUCCUGAACUGGCAGCAUUGUUUGAAAAUUACAUCGAGGAAUGCGAUAAUGUUACAAAGAAACAUUUCAGUGCAAAUCCAACUACUUGUGCUGCUAAUAACGAGGAAACUAUUUUUAAAAACCAAGAUGCGGAACACGCGUUUCUGUGUGGAUUUAUUGAAGGUAUGAAACGAACAGAUGGCUCGCUAGAAGAACUAGAGCAAGAAAACCCCGUGCACGGGAAUGAGUUGAUAGAUGAUUCGGUAAUGAAAAGUGAAAGCUUCAAGGAACUUGUUUCAGUAAAAGAAAGUGCAAGCUUAAAGGAACUUGAUUCGGUAAAGAAAAGUGCAAGCUUCAAUGAACUUAUAUCCAGCCAACAAGACAUAACACACAUGUCACUGAGAGAGUGGGAAGAUGUGCAGAGGGCAGAGGAGCACCAGAAGGAAAACAAUCGACGGCAGCUCAUCAAAAAGUGUCUAGCCUGCAAGAACAAGAAACCAAGAGAAAUUAAAAACAUAAGUGAUAAUAUGAAAAGCGUUCCGACUGUAGAGGGAGAUUGGAAAGACACUGGCAAAAAUAAAAUACUGGAUUCGGAUGUCUUUACUGAAGCUAUUCAUUCUUUGAAAGCAAUGAAAAGGAUAAAAGCUAUGAAGAAAAGAGUGGAAAAUGUCACCGAUGAUGAAAGACAUAACGUCGUGAUAAAAGAAGACGAUGAUGAUUCAUACAUUGUCAAAGGUUCCGUAGUGAAAGAAACGCUCUCGUGUCACCAUUGCUGCAAAUAUCUGAAACCGAAUUUGGAGAGGACUACACUUUCUCCAAGCAUGGGGGAGAAAAGCGUCCUAAAGAACAAGCACAGGGUAGCAGAUCUUAAUAACCUGAGCAAGGAGGAUGACAGUAUGAUAAAACUUGCUAAACAGAAGCUUGAGCACAGCCUGCUGACUACACGUGCACUGGAAGAAACUUACCUCAGCAUGGCAAAGGCUAAGAAGAUAAUCAAUGACUGUAAACCAGCCGGGCACUGGAAAGACAGAAAUGAGUCAAACGAAAAUAAAACGAGCAUUUCAAAUGUAGAAGCAAAGGGAAUACAUACAGGUACGAUUAUUCUGGAUGAAUUGGAAGGUUGGAAGACGAAGAAUAAAGCGUUCAUUGAUCAGGAGAGUGUGCAGGUUUCCUCAUCCGAGCUGUUACAUCCGGUCGAGUCCUCCGAGAUGCUCGGUUCACCAUUGUGGACACCUGCAAGCAGCGCAUCACACUUCAAAUCGACUCCGGAAAUCAAUAGAGCAAUGUCACCUGCGCAUACUCGUGAGCAUACACUUCCUCUGACGAAGAAAACAAAGUCGUUAGAACCACUAUUCAAGGGGGAAAAAGCUAUAAACCAAGGAAAAUGGGCGUGCAAGGUGACUACAAGAAAGCUGCUAAACUGGUCAAGCUCCGCCUCACCAAAUCUAGUGAUACAACUGCCGAUAAAUCAUUCGCGAAUGUUCCUCUUUCCCAAUGUAUCAACUACAACAUAGAAAAGAAUCUGCGAUCUAACGCUGUUUUGACCUCUAAUAUCAACCUUUCUGAGAAACUUGCACAACAACUGAAGGAAAUGAGCAACGACCCAAAGACUUCUGCUUUACAUCAUGGGGAAAAUAAACCAGACGCUUCCACUGAGGCGAUCAAUUUACCACCUCUUAGCGAUAGCACAUUGAGUCUAAAUGAACCGAAAUCUACAAACGGAAAAGUAGAAGAAAAUGUUAAUAACU